AUAAUAAUAAUAUAUUUUUUUUAUCCAGUUUUAUAUAUUCUAUAAUUAAAAAAUAUAUUUUUUUUACAGAAUAGCCAAUUGUUAGUAUUACAAUUACUAUGGAAGAGCAUUUACUUCCAAAAGAACAGCAAGAACAUCAAUGGGGUGAGAGUUCUGCAUUCAUCAAAGUCCAUCCAGAGGAGCCAGAAGAAGUUCUUGUUAGCAGUCCUUCUCCUUCAUUAACUGCAAUUUUAGAGACUGCAUUUAAUACUGCUGCUUCUCAAUCAUCUUCCAGUCUUCAUAAUGAUCAGUCCAGCAAUGCAAAAGUUCACCUCUUGGACUUGGAAAUUGAGCUAAUACAUAAGAAAAUACUGUAUAUCUUGGCAGAUAAGACAAGGUAUAAAUUUUCAUCAAAGUUUUAUAGUUUUAUCAUAUAUCUGUCCUAUAAGACAACAAACUAUCAAUGGCCUAUGAAUUUACAGUACUGCCUUGCGAUUGUUGCAAACAUUGGCACAGAUUCAGCAUUCAACAUUCAGCCAAUGCCAGUAUGA